CUUCAGCCCUCAGCUUCCCUCUUGAAUUUCUUAGAAAAGUCUUUGGUCUGCACCUCCAGUUCAGCAUAUUCAGGACCCCCCUUCAUCAUAACUUGGUCAUUACCCUGCUCAGGCCAAGGUCCUCUGAGAGCUCCAACCCUCUUCACUCCCUGUAAAAGGCAGGCAGAACAGCCAGAGGAGCAGAGAGACCAAGAAACAUUGUGAAAUCUCCAACUCUUGCCCUCCAACAUGAAAGUCUCUGGAGCACUUCUGUGCCUGCUGCUCAUAACAGCAGCCUUCAGCCCCCAGGGGCUUGUUCAGCCACACAUCCUCAAAGGCUUUUCCUUUGUAACUUUAUUUCUAAGUGAACUCAGUGUCCCAUCCAUCUGCUGCUUCACAUUUAGCAGUAAGAAGAUCUCCUUGCAGAGGCUGAAGAACUAUCGGAUCACCAACAGGCAGUGUCUCCAGAAGGCUGUCAACUUCAGAACCAAACUGGGCAAGGAGAUCUGUGCCGACCCAAAGGAGAAAUGAGUUCAGAAUUAUAUGAAAUGCCUGGGCCAGAAAGCUCACACCCCGAAGACUUGAACUCUGCUGCCCACACUGAAAUCAAGCCAGGGUAUGCAAAGUGACUUUUCCAUUCUCCUCUGGCCUCCUCAUCUAUACUUUGGAGUAUUUCUACCGUCAUUUGCAAAUAGAAUGCGUUCUGUUUUGUGAUGCAAAAUGUACUCUGUGUUAAGUAAUAUUGACUGUUAUUUGAAUUGUUGCUGGUUUGGAGUUUGAGUAUGGGUGAUCUUUUUUAAAGCAAGGCCUUGAGCAAGUUGGUUCCUGUCUGUGGGCCGCCGUGCCUUCCACUGUGAGCCGCUGGCCGUGGGUUUGUCUUCUGCUGGCAGGGGUUGAGAGUGUGCCCGUGGGAGUCACGGACAUGAAGGGAUGCUGCAAGGCAGGGAGGAGAACUCUUCGUGAAUGUCAGGUGUUGCUAAAGAUGUUACUGUGGAAAGAGGAAUGCCAUAAUAGGCCUGCUGACAUUCUGCAGAAAAUACACUUUAUUUAAAGUCUC